AUGCUCUUCUUCAGUUUCUUCAAGACGCUCAUUGACCAUGAGGUCACCGUAGAGCUUAAGAACGAUAUCCAGCUCCGCGGCACGCUGAAGAGCGUCGACCAGUACCUCAACAUUAAGCUCGACGACAUCUCCGUCGUAGAAGAGCUGAAGUAUCCUCAUCUUAGCUCCGUUAAGAACGUCUUCAUCAGAGGAUCGGUGGUACGAUACGUCCAUCUUCCCGCUACCUCAGUAGAUACCCAGCUCCUUGAGGAUGCGACAAGAAGAGAAGCUGCAAGCCAGCCAGCCAAGGCUAAAUAA